AUGGAUUCUAACACAAAUAAAAACCAAAACAACAACAACGACGAACUAAGGGAGUGGGAUGAGGACUCGGACUCCGAGUCCGUGUCCAGCGAGGGGGAUGCGGGGGGUUUUAAGCUCCCCCGCAACAAGAAGGACCACCGGGCCGACGCCUUCCUCAAGAGGAGGAGGGAAGACCCCGGGUCCUCCUCUGGUGGUCGCGGGGCCUCGGCCAAAAAGGUCGCCAGGAGGCCCGUCAGCGAAGGGUCCGCUAGGGCUUCUGGGGGUGGCGGAGGAGCGGCUCAUCGGAGCUCCUCCUCCGAGGAGGAGUCGGCCAUCGGCUCCGACCGGGAGCGCAGGGCGGACUUCGAGAAGACGGUGGAGUCCGCCAUCAGGCAGGUGGCCUUAAAGAGAAAAAAGCCGGCUGAGAGCCAGAUCCUGGCCCUAGUCCGUCAGGAGAUGGCGGCCUUCCAGGCUCGCUUCUCAGUCCUGGAGGGCAGGGUUCUGCGUCCCCCCCUCGCGGCGUCGAAGCCCCCAGCGGCCCAAAGGGCCUCCUAUGCGGCCGCGGUUGCAGCGGCACCCCCACCCAGAAGGGGACCGCCGAGCAAGCCCCCUGUCGCGGCGCCGAACGGACCGACCAGGAGGGCGCCCGCUCAGCCAAAGCCCAAGACCGCAAGGGCGGUCCAGGCGCAGAGGCCCCCGGUGCCACCGUCAGCACCGGCUCCGUCGUCGGCACCAGUGGCGAAACGCCCUCCAAAGCCGACACCGUCUGCGGCCCCUACCUCUUCUGCCACUGAGUCUGAGUGGCAGGUGGUGGGGGAAAAGAAAAAGAAACGGAGGGCGGCCAAAGCGGCCAAAAAGAAGGCCCAGAAACGGCGGCGCAGGGAGCGAGCCGCCGCGGCGCAACUCCGCGCCCCCAAAACCGCGGCUGUAGUAGUCACACUACAGCCGGACGCGGUCAAAAGGGGCGUGUCGUACCGCGACGUGCUCGCCCAAGCAAAGGAGGCGGUGAACCUGCAGGAGCUGGGUAUCGCCUCCGGCCUCCGGCCCCACAAGUGCGCGGAUCUGCGCAUCAUGGGCCUGGACGACUCAGUUACUGCGGAGGAGGUGGUGGCCGCCGUCGCUAGGACGGGUGGGUGCUCCGCCGACGAAGUCAAGGCGGGCACCAUACGUCCCGACUUCAGGGGCACGUGCACCAUCACGGUGAGCUGCCCCGUGACGGCGGCCAAGCGCAUCGUAGACGGACGAAGAUUGCUGGUUGGCUGGGUGUCGGCGCAGGGCGGGCCGUCCGUCGCCGCCACCGCUACCACCUCCGCAGUGGCCACCACCGCAGCUCCUGCGGCCGCCGCCGCCUCCAACGCUGCCGCCGCUGUCGACGCCGUCGUCGCCACUGCUGCUGUCGCAGAGCCCGUCUCUGCGUCUCAAGAGGAGGAAGACGUGAUGGAGUGCUAA